AUGAGAAACCUAAUCUUUGAGGAGACUGAAGGCGUUCCAGAAUAUGCUUCAAGUAGUCUGCGCUAUGCUUGGCAAUCAAUACGAGCCCCAGUGGUCAUACCACUCCUAAAACUAGCAGUCAUUCUGUGCUCAGUUAUGUCAAUCAUGCUAUUUGUUGAAAGAGUAUCCAUGGCAGCUGUAAUUCUUAUUGUCAAAGUGUUGAGGAAGAAAAAAUACACCAAGUACAAGUUGGACGCCAUGAAACAGAACAUAGAGAGAAACAAAAGAUACCCCAUGGUGUUGAUCCAAAUACCUAUGUAUAAUGAGAAAGAGGUCUACAAGCUUUCGAUUGGAGCAGUAUGCGGGCUUUCAUGGCCAGCUGACAGAUUCAUAGUUCAGGUUCUUGAUGACUCAACAAAUCAAGUCCUAAGGGAAUUGGUCAAAUCGGAGUGUCACAAAUGGAUGCAGAAAGGUGUAAAUGUCAAGUAUGAAACAAGGCAAAAUCGGAAUGGUUACAAGGCAGGUGCUCUAAAAGAGGGAUUGGAAAAGCAAUAUGUUGAGGAUUGUGAGUUUGUAGCAAUAUUUGAUGCAGAUUUCCAGCCAGAUGCAGAUUUUCUUUGGAGGACAAUUCCUUAUCUGCUUGAGAACCCAAAGUUGGGUUUGGUGCAGGCGAGAUGGAAAUUUGUGAAUUCAGAGGAAUGUAUGAUGACACGGCUUCAAGAGAUGUCACUUGAUUAUCACUUUGGUGUUGAACAGGAAGUGGGCUCUUCAACAUACUCAUUCUUUGGUUUCAAUGGGACAGCAGGGGUUUGGCGGAUUCAAGCAAUAAAAGAUGCUGGAGGAUGGAAAGACCGAACUACAGUGGAGGAUAUGGACCUUGCAGUUAGGGCAAGCCUGCAGGGCUGGGAAUUUGUUUUUGUGGGUGAUGUGACAGUCAAAAAUGAACUGCCAAGUACAUUUAAAGCAUACCGAUAUCAGCAGCACAGGUGGUCAUGUGGUCCAGCUAAUCUCCUUAAGAAAAUGACCAAGGAAAUCCUCUUUUGCGAAAGGGUACCCCUUCUCAAGCGACUUCAUCUUAUCUAUGCCUUCUUCUUUGUGAGGAAAAUAGUUGCACAUUGGGUCACGUUCUUCUUUUACUGCAUAGUUAUACCAGCUUGCGUGAUAGUUCCAGAAGUCAAUCUCAAAAAGCAGAUUGCCAUAUACAUCCCAGCAACUAUUACAAUUCUAAAUGCAGUCUCCACCCCGAGAUCCAUGCACCUACUUGUACUCUGGAUACUCUUUGAGAAUGUCAUGUCACUCCAUCGAACUAAAGCAGCAAUUAUAGGACUCUUGGAAGCAAACCGUGUCAACGAAUGGGUUGUGACUGAGAAACUUGGAAAUAUGAUGAAACAAAGGAACAAUGCUAGGCCAUCACGAACUUCUCGGUUUCGAAUUAUAGAGAGGAUCCACCCAUUGGAGAUUAUAGUGGGGAUGUACAUGCUGCACUGUGCAAUCUAUGACCUGUUAUUUGGACACGAUAAUUUCUUUGUCUAUCUGCUGCUGCAGGCAGGGGCUUUCUUUACAAUGGGAUUUGGGCUAGUGGGAACAAUUGUACCCAACUAA